UUCCUUUUCCUUCUCUCUGCUCCUAGAAAUGACCAGCAGAGGAGGAGGAGGAAGAGGACCGCAGCCAGUGCUGCAGGUUAUAAAUACUCAGGAUUAGAGUCCGCAGGCAUGUCCGCAGCUGCUGGAGCCCAAGUCCCGGGCCCCAAGGGCUCUCUGGGCUCUCCGCGUCAGCUCCUGGACCCGCUCUGCUGCACGCUGUUGUUGCUGCUGCUGCCUUUGCUGCUACUCACUUGGGGGCUCCUGCUCUGCCGCCAGAGGGGGGUGCCCCCCGGACCCCGGCCCUGGCCGCUGGUGGGGAACCUGGGUUUCGUGCUGCUGCCUGCGGCGCUCAAGAGGUGGAGCUCGUCGCUGCUGUUGCCGCUGCGCUGCUCCCCCAGGGCUGGGGAACCCCGAUUGUCCAGCCCCCAGGUAAUCUUGGCUCACAUGGCCCGGCUCUAUGGCCCCAUCUUCAGCUUCUACCUGGGGCCGUAUCUGGUGGUGGUCCUCUGCGACUUCCACAGUGUGCGCGAGGCAUUGGUGCAACAAGCCGAGGUCUUCAGCGACCGCCCACGGGUGCCACUCAUCUCCAUCUUCACCAAGGAGAAGGGAAUUGUGUUUGCACAUUAUGGUCCAAUCUGGAGACAACAGAGAAAGUUCUCUCACUCAACACUUCGUCAUUUUGGUCUGGGGAAGCUCAGCCUCGAGCCAAAAAUUAUAGAGGAGUUUAAAUACGUGAAGGAGGAAAUGCAGAAACAUGGAGGAAACCCUUUCAGUCCUUUCCCCAUUAUUAGCAAUGCCAUCUCUAACAUCAUCUGUUCCAUGUGCUUUGGUCAGCGCUUUGAAUAUAACAACAGUAAUUUUAAGAAGAUGCUUAACCUCAUGUCCAGAGGAUUAGAGAUUAGCAUAAACAACCAGAUUCUUCUAAUCAACAUAUGCUCUUGGCUGUAUUAUCUUCCCUUUGGGCUCUUCAAGGAAUUAAGACAAAUUGAAAAAGAUUUAACUGUUUUCUUGAAAGGAAUUAUCAAAGAACAUCGGGAGACCUUGGAUAUUGAAAAUCCCCAGGAUUUCAUAGAUAUGUACCUUCUCCAUAUGGAAGAGGAGAUGAAGAAUAACAAUAAUAGUAGCUUCAAUGAGGACUACUUAUUUUAUAUCAUUGGAGAUCUUUUCAUUGCUGGCACUGAUACUACAACCAACUCUUUGCUAUGGUGCCUCCUAUACAUGGCAUUGAACCCUGAGGUACAAGAAAAGGUCCAUAAAGAAAUUGAAAAGGUCAUUGGUUCUGACAGAGCUCCAUCUCUUACUGACAAGGUCCACAUGCCCUACACAGAAGCCACCAUCAUGGAGGUGCAGAGGAUGUCUGUGGUAGUCCCUUUUGGCAUUCCUCACAUGACUUCAGAAAAAACCAUUCUCCAAGGAUACACAAUCCCUAAGGGCACUCUGAUUGUAGCCAACCUCUGGUCAGUACACAGAGACCCUGCCAUAUGGGAGAAACCCAACCACUUCUAUCCAGAGAGAUUUCUUGAUAAAGAAGGAAAACUUAUCAAAAAGGAAUACUUUAUCCCAUUUGGAAUUGGAAAGCGUGUAUGUAUGGGAGAACAAUUGGCAAAAAUGGAAUUAUUCCUGAUGUUUGUCAGCCUUAUGCAGACCUUCACCUUUACCUUACCUAAGGAUUCUGAGAAGCCCAUAAUGACUGGAAGAUUUGGCUUGACUUUAUCACCACACCCAUUUAAUGUAAUUGUAUCUAAAAGAUGAAGACCCAAGAAGAGAUGGUGGAACAGAAUGUCAAUUUAAAAAAUGAAAUUCUUCUGAAAUUCUGGUUCUUCUUUCUACACUUACAAGUAACCAUUCUUGAGGCUUAAAAAUUUCUGGUUCCAGGUCCCCAUUGGGAAGUGGAAGAAAAAAAUGCAAGAAUAAGAACUUACCUCUUAAAGAGAAUGUUUAAAUCCUAAUAGAGAUACCCCAAACAUGCUGUGAUCUCAUCAAUCCAAUCAUUCAUUUUUGUAAAUUUACUUAAGUAGAUAAUGGACAAAAUUCUGUACUGGGAAACAGAAAACACAGAUUUUAAUCCUGUUCAAGACUAAUAAGUCAAUUCUUUCACCACCUUGUGCCUCAGUUUUCCCAUAUGGAAGAUGGGAAUAACAAUUCAAAUGUAUAAAGAUUAAGAAUUUGUUGUUCUUGUUGAAUGAACUUUUAGGAAAGCAUAGUGAGCUUCUUGAAUUGAAGAUAGACUAACUUGACUAUUGCUUGGUUAUGACAGGUAACAAAAUAUGGAAGCACUAGCUAAACUUGAAUAUUUUAAAAUAAAAUAAAACUUUUUAGUCUUAGGCUCCUUUUUACAUUCAAAAUUGAUUGAGGAAUCCCCAGAGAUGUUUUGUUUAUAUGGAUUUUAUCUAUUGAUAUUUAUCAUAUAAAAAUUAAAACAUUUUAAUUCUAUUUAUAAAAAUAAUUUUGAUCUCAGAAAUAUUGUGACUAAAUUCCAGAACUAUCAGAGCAAGGAAAAAAUACUACAAGCAGCCAGGAAAAAAAAUUCAAAUACCGAGAAGCCACAAUAAGGAUCACUCAGGAUUUAGCAGCAUCCACAUUAAAGGAUCAAAGGGCCUAGAAUCUGAUAUUCUGAAAGGCAAAAGAACUUGGUAUUCAGCCAAGAAUAACCCCAAACUGUGCUAAGUGCAUGGGAGACAAAUAAAGAAAUAAAACAACUCCUACUCUGAGAAGCCCACAUUUUUUAAAAAAAAGUUUUUUAUAUAUUUUUUCUAACUACACAUAAAGAUUUUAAUAUUUAAAAAAAAAAAAAAAACAUUUGAGUUCCAAACUCUCUCUCCUCCCCUCUCCUUGAGAAGAUAUGCAAUUUGAUAUAGAUUAUACAUGUGCAGUUAUAUAAAACAUUUUCAUAUUAGCCAUGUUUUGAAAGAAAAUAAAGGCCAAAAAAAUCCCAA